AUGCCUCCACAACCGCCUGCUCUGGACCCACAAAUGGCAGUGCAGAUGGUGCAGGCACAGUCGCAGCAGAUUAGCCAGUUGGUUGGUUUGGUGCAGACGUUGGGAGAGAUGCAAGCAGCGGCUUUGACACGAGCUGCUGAGACAAGCAGCGGAAUGGCAGCAGCAGCGUCCUCAACGGGCCCAGAGCCUAUGGAAGUGGACAAGGACACUGGUGGAGUCAGACACUCCAAAGCAGAGAGCUACAUUCCCAAGAUCCCUAUGCUUGAGUACCAGAAGAUGACGACUCGAACUUCAGAGAUCAGUUUUUGGUCGCAGUACGUUGAGGGAGUCAUGUCUUGGUUGUCUUUGCUUGACGACUUUUACCCCACUGAGUUGUACCGAGCGAUGAUCACCCCCACCGAGAUUCAACAGAGCAGUUUGGAGAAGGGACCUGCGGCGAGGUCUGCGAGAUUUCUUCACUUGCUGCAUCAGUCUUUGGGUGAUUUCCAACGAGCGUUAGACAUCGUUCGACAAGCGGAACAGUCACAGCUUGGAGCAGCAUGUGGGUACGAAGCCUUUCGGAGACUGAACACGGAGUUUGGAGUUCAGUCGAGAAUUGAAGCAACAUCUCUUCGUGAAGCUGUUUUGCAAUUUCGCCCAGGGAAGCAUGUGGUGCGGCCCUUGGACGUCUACAGAGCAGUAGAGUCCGAACUCUUGAAGGCGGAUAGAAAUCUUAGUGGCUACAGCAGUCUUCGUUUGACAGAGCCUGAGAAGAUGAUGCUUCACUUGAAGUGCAUGCCCGAGUCCUGCAAGCAUUACGUUUUGUUGCAUGGAAAGAGCGACACGCUGAAUGAGAUCCUGGAGAGCAUCAAGUUUUACGACUCUCAUCUGCGUGUGAUCGAGCAUGACAAGGAAGGCCACAAGCAUUCGUCGAAGAGCGCUUGGACUGAAGAGUUGAUUGCAGCUUUCAACAAGGGCAAAGGCAAGAAGGGCAAAGGGAAAGGGAAGAAAGGCGGCAAGAACGAGGGCACCUCAGAGAAGGGUGCUGGUCGAGGCAAAGGAAAAAGAGACGACAAGCCGAAAGCCCAGAGCGAGGGAAAGAAGGGGAAAUGUUUCAACUGCGGGCAGCCGGGGCACUUUGCUCGAGAUUGCCCAGAACCACGGAAAGACAAGCCUUCGGGUGCAUCUGGCCAGCCUAAAGCAAAGGGGUUUUGCAACUUCCCCGUGACGUUUUUCCCGAAGAACAUGGUUUUCCUGAAGGGCAUGGUUUUCCCGAAGAACAUGGUUUUCCUGAAGAGCAUGGUUUUCCCGAAGGGCAUGGUUUUUCUGAAGAACAUGGUUGUCUCCAGCAUGGCGAAGAAGUUUUUCUUGAGCGGCAUGAUUGUCUUGAUGUGUUGCAUGGGCUUGAACGACACGAAGAACACGGGGAUGAUCAUGGUUGGUUUUGCGCUUUGCAUGGAUGAGUACCAGGUGCGCUGCUCUUUGGCGUCUGGUGAAGUGCUGAGCCUGAACCGUAGAGAGGAGAACCACGGGGACCACCAGAAGGCCUCGGAGAAGCAGGAAGCGGACAGCAGCGAGCCCCAGAAGGUUUCGGAUGUCUGCGACGUGAGCUCAGAGGAGCCAGCUGCGAAGGCCUGGAGCGUGGUGAGCGAGGGCGAGAUCCACGAUGUGGAGAUGGCCAGGCUGGAGGAUCUGAGAACACAGGUCGCAGCUGCGGCCGAGAUCGCGGUGGAGGGCGUGGAGCGCAUGGCAAGGAGUUUCGAAGCCUGGAAGGCGGACCCCAAGCCGAAGCCAGCUACGAAAGCCAUGCCAAAGGUCUUGAGACCCACAGUCAAGGCGAUGCCGAAGAAGAGACCACAAGUGAAGGCAAUGCCGGCAAAGACCUGGAAGGGCAGCGUGAAGCGGGGAAGCAAGCCGAAGAAGGAGCAAGCCACGAGCAGCUCGUCGACGGUGCACCUGGUGGCAAGGACGGAGCGCUCAACGAGAUGCCCUGCACCGCCACCGCCGGAGCCGAUAAGGGACGAGCUGUGGAAUCCGCCUCCACCUCCGCCUGUUCCCAGCCGAAGGCCCGAGAACAGGUCUUGGCCCUCAGGGCUACCAAAGCCCCCCGCCGGUGCCGUGAACAGAGACACGUUUUCACCUCAAAAACCAGGCAUUAAGGCUGCUUGGGAGGCCUUUUGCUCUACUGGAACCGAAAAGAGAAACGAGCGUUGCAUGGUUGAUCUUUGUGACUUGGUUGAAGUGCUUGCAAGCUUGGGAGAUGAGGGUGAAGAGACUGAGAGAGGGGAAGGAGAGAGUGAGCAUGAUGUUUGGUGGAUCUUGAAAGACCGUGAAGUUGUUGACUUUGACAAGAUCAGCCACGUGUUGCAAGGACAUCAGCCCUUCAGUUCCUCUUGUGACGUCUGUGUCAGGUCUCGAAGUUUGCCCAAAGGAGCUCGCGAGAGGCCACGGGACCAGGUCAUGAAGCAUGAGGUGCAGAUCGAUCAGUUUUUCAAGUUUCAGAAGCGUUUCAUUGUGUUGGUUCAUGCCCAGUCGUUUGCAGUUGGUUGUGUUGAUGGCGAAGCAGCUAGGGAUCAGAUCCUUGAGAACAUGGGAGCAUGGUUGAGGUACUUUGGCUUGAGUGGCGUUGAAGUUGGGACCGUGUUUCGUUGCGAUGCAGAACCUUACAUGCGUGCCUUGUUGGUUGAGUUGCUUGAGCGAUUCCAGAAUUUCCAUGGUCCGAUUGAGCAGUUCAGCCCAGGGCGUCAUGCGCCCGCGGCAGAGAGAGCAGUGAGGACCCUGCGUGAGCUUGGUGAUUCUAUCUUGGUUGAGUUGCAGGAUCACGGGGUGUCGCUUCGGAGUACGAGUCGUGCGUUUGCGUUGCUCUACAACCAUUGUUGCCAUGUCCACAACCGAUAUUCGCAGUUGGCUGGGUCUGAACUUUCGCCUUUGCAGCGUUUGAGAGGGAACAAGCACAAGCCUCAUCAGGUGUACGCUUUUGGUUCGACCGUUUGUGCGCAUGCGUCGGCAGUUGAAGACUUGAUUGUUGGUCGCUUUGCAUUUGGUUGCUACCUUGGACCCAUGAUGAGCAAGACAUCACACCUUGUAAAUGUGAGGUUGCCGGAUGGAGCCUUAAAGCUGGUGCAAGCCAGUUCCAUCAAAGUUGUUGUGCCUCUGAGGUAUGACGUUGAGUUGCUUGGAACGUUUGGUCGAAAGGUUGUUGGCGGCGUGCACCCUGCGCCGCAGCCACUUGGAGACCCUGAGGACCCCAGCUUGAGGACCGUUCCGUUGUCGCUCGUGCCCGGUGGGAAUCCGCCAGCUGAGUUCUUUGCAGAGCAUGGAGCCACACGAAGGUGUACAGCAUGCCAGAGGGGUUCUACACACGCCGUGAAUCACAGUAGGACCUGCAGACGUAGGUAUCAAGCUUGGUUGAAAGGUGAGAUGCAGCCCAAUGAGCCUCCAAGACCGCUUGAGUCCCCUCAGGGAAUAGGUGACGUGCAGCAUGACGGUGGAAUGCCAGAAGUUGAGCUUGACGUUCCCGAUGACCUUGAGAGAAUCGAGGCCGACGUCCCGAGAGAUGGGGACUAUGAGCCUAGAGGGGGUGUUGGUUGCGAUAGUGAAGAACCCUUUCAGCCCGAGCUUGAACGUGAAGCCUUGCCAGCUUGGUUGCCAGAAUCUCCAGGACCGUCUGAGGACCCUAGAUCCGAUCCAGGAGUCGAGGACGUAGAGAUGAUGGAUAGGUUCGUUGAGACGCCUGAACCUCAGAAGCUGUCAUUUGCAUCUGAGGACGCAAUCACAUCAGUCGUUGCCAGUGUGUUUUUCAGAACGAGUGUCUACAACGCAGUAGAGGACGAAAGCUGGAUCGAUCUUGAGAUUCGAGGCAGAAAGGUGUGCUUGCAGCGGCCCAAGUUUGUUAAGGACGACACGACCGGAAAGCCGUUGGAUCCACAGCUCACCGCUGAGGGGAUGACGAAAGAAGUGAAAGCCCUUGAUGCCUUGAAUGUAGGUGAUCUAGUGACAAAGCAGGAGGCGGACGAGUACGCUAAGGAGCACAACAUCCGCAUCCUCACCACGCGUUGGGUGUCUGUUGACAAGAAGGAAGGUGAAACAAAGCAGAAAAUUGUCAGGUCGAGGGUCGUAGUUCGCGACUAUGCCUCAGGCAAUCCAACUGCGCAGGAGCUGGGGAUCAGCUCGCCGACCUCUUCCAACGAGGCCUUCAGGACCUUCCUAGUGUUCAUUGCAUCCAGCGGAAGCGAUAUUAUCCUUGCAGACGUUAGUACAGCCUUUUUGUUCGCUAAGGUGGUGAGUCCUGAAGUUGUGAUGUUGCCCACAAACAUUCGGUUCCCAGACAACUCCAGAGCUUACAUGAAGCUCAACAAGAGCCUGUAUGGCCUAAGAUCAGCGUCGUUGGCUUGGUAUAAGAUGCUUGCCGAGUUGGUCGAAGAGUUGGGGCUGUUUGCGUGUGAGACCGAAAAGACCGUCUUUGCUGGAUGGUUUUUGUUUGAUGGAACACAUUACUACAUGGUCCUCCUUGCGUAUGUUGAUGAUCUCAUGGUUGGUUGUCGUUUCCUGCCAGCAGCGAAGCACUUUGUUGAAUGUCUAGCCAAGCAGGUCAAGAUUAAAGUCACUGGAAUCCUGUCCAGAGACAAGAAAGUUGAAUUCCUUGGCAGGACUAUCCGGAGAGACAGUGAGACGGAUGGAAUCCUUGUUGGCCUCCCUGUGGGGUAUUUCCACUCGACAUAUGAAGCCUAUGGCAUCCGGAAGCCGAGUCUGGUUCCCCCGGACUUGAGGAAGAUUCUGGAUGAUGGAAUGGAGUCCCAACAACAGCCUUUGAGUGCAGAAGCUAGUGCGAAGUAUAGGAGCGCAGUCGGCAAGGUCGCCUGGGGCGCCCAGACACGGAUUGACUUGACGUACUUCAUCAGUGUGUUGAGCAGGGGCCAGUCGCAGCCCCUAGCUGUCCAUGAGAUGUGCCUGCGAGCGUUCUUGAGGUACUUGAUGUCGGUUGAGCACCAUGAGCAGCUUCUCAGUUGUGAUGGAGACGCUGGGACCAUCGUUGUGUACGUUGAUAGCAACUGGGCGUCUGAGAGAAAUAACUCUCGGCGGUCGUUGUCUGGAGGCGUGUUGUUUCUCGACGGGGCCCCGGUGAAGGCUUACACCAGGCAGCAGACUUCAAUUGCGCUGUCCAGCGCGGAAGCGGAGUUAACCGCUAUCUGCGAGGGAAUGAAAGAGGCCUUGGGAUUGUGCGUCAUGGUGAGACACGUCUUUGGGAAAGAUGUUGAAACGCCGGUUGUUCGCUCGGACUCACAGGCAGCCAUUAACAUCAGUUCUAUGUUCGGACUCCUCAGGAGAGUCAGGCACAUAGACAUCAGGUUGUGCUGGGUACAAGAAGCGCUGCGUGAGGGCCGCGCUAAGCUUGAGUGGGUGUCUGGCUUGGAGAAUGUCUCAGACAUUUUUACAAAGAGUACGAUCCAAAAGGUCAGUUACGAGAGACACCUGAACAUGUUGGGAAUCGUUGAGCGACUUCCGCCAGCCACCAUGGGUUUGUUGGCGUUGGAGGACUGGGAUUGCGCCCAGUUGUGCCGCAUGCUCGGGAAGAGCCCUGAUCUUCCAGUUCUCUUGGAGCUGGAACAGAACUUGAGUGCGGUGAGUGCGGAAGCUCAUUGGUUGGUUGUCGAGUUUUGUACGAGUGAAAACUCGAAUCUUGGCAUUGCAGCGCUUGAGCUUGGAAGCGUGAAGUUGGUUAGAAUCACGGAGCGUGAGAACGGAGUGUUGGAUGAGACGAUUGCCAUUGUGAGAACACACGUUGAGCGCUUGUGUCGAUUGGGUGUAAACGUGUUGAUUUGGUCAUCCACACCGUGCACUGGUGGAUGUCUUUGGCAGUUUACGCAUUUGGAGCGGCCUGGGCAUGGAGAUUACUUGAAGAAAGUUUGGGGCGUCCAGAGAAAGUUGUGGAAGAACUUUGAGGUUAUCUGCAAGCCGGUUGAAGACAUGCCUGUGGGAUGUUUGAAUCCGUUCGUUGCGAUCGAGUGGCCGAAGACCUGUCAGUACUGGCAUUGGAGGACCACCAAGAAGUUUGGAUUCGACCACCACAGGACUCUCAUGACCUCCAUAGUGCAUGGUUGUGCAGUAGGGAUGAGAGGACGAGACAACUUGCUUGUGAAGAAGCAGUGGAGAGUUGAUACAGACCUUAAGGUUCUCUGCGAGACCCUCCAGACAUUUGCAUGCACAAAGGACCAUCCCCACAGUGCCGAUUUCGACCUUAAGAGCACUCAACACUAUCCGCUUGACUUGUGCAGACGAUUGGUUGCGUGCUUGCCAUGA